AUGUGUUUGCAUUCAAAACAUUGGCUGAGGAAAGAGAGACAGUCGCGCAUGGCGGUCGCGGCGCGGUCGCUUGUUCUGAAGGGCGACCGCAUUCGUUUCCGCGUGGCGCUCGAGCGCGCCAAAGCGCCAAAUGACUCGGCACAUACGAGUACAUCACAUGUCGUGUACUCGUACAUACACAGCACGGCACACGUUCCGCGCAUCCGCUACCUACCUCCCAACUUCAAUCCGGAAGAUCACCGUUGCUUCUAUUGCAUGAGCGCU